AGAGAGAGAGAGAGCUAGCGGGAGGAAAGCGAGAGAGCUCGGCUGAAUUGUGAGUGGCUCACGACACUUAGUGAACAGAAGGUGUUUCUGCAUGCACUGGCAUUGCACUACUCUGCUGCAAGGGCUCCAGCUCGUCUCUCUCUUUCUCGUUUCUCUCGCUCUCUCACUCUCUCUCUCGCUCUCUCUCUCUCUUGGUCUAUUCUCUCAACAAACCAGCCCUGCCUUUCAGCCUCUAUGCCUCAGCAUCUCCCCUCAGCAACAGCCUUUCGCUCAGCACUCGUAAAAUAAGCGUUUCCAAAAAGAGGGCUCACAGCAAACCAGGCUAAGAGGACGCUGGACUACCAAAAUAACAAAAAAAAGAAAAAGAAAAAAAAUGCCAGGGGGGCUAACAUUCGUCUCAGAUGAGUGCUUAUUUCUGAGGAGCUGUCCACCGAGAGAGCGAUGACCAGUCUGAUGGAUACCACCUUCUUAACCACUUCAAGUAACGGACUUUGAUUUUGGACACAAAAAGAGAGUUCUGUUUCGACUUCCUUCGUUUCGAACGUGUACCUGUUUUUUUUUUUGUUUUUUUAUCUCGCUCUAAUCAGCGCAGCAGUCACUGCAGAGAAGCGCGAGAGGGAGGACGGUGCUCAUGCAUGCAGUCUGGGCAGCUUGCAUAUCCUGCGAGUGCGCUGAAUGCCACUUGGAUUCCUCCACUUUCUGGCUCUUUCACUCGAGGAGAAACAAGACAUUGUAAGUCUGCCAGAUUUUGGUAGCUGCUGAAAAGGAGGGGGGAGGCUGCAUUCGUACCGCACUAGGAUCUUUUUUAUAUUCACACCUAAUUAUUGCGGGCACAAAGGGAGCUGCUGAAUAGAGGUUGUCAGCCUCUGGAAAAAAAAAGGGGGUGAGUAGGAUUACUGUUUUAUGCGAUUCAGGAAGAAUGCUUUUUCGCCCUGGGCUGUUUCUCCUCUCGCUUCCCAAUCUAACAUGAUUGAAAUGACUUUGCCGUUCGCCCGUAUUGACUUUUUUCUUUUCCAUCCGGCCAGAUUUUAGUAACAAAUCACAAUCAGCCAAACCCCAUUAAAACGAAAGGCGAAUAAAAAAAAAAUCAUGUCGCUCACAAUGAGACAAAUCUAAGAGAUUCAAUGAACUUCUUCUUUACAACACUGCAGGAUAUUCAUGCUGAUGGAUUUCCUUCUAAUUGGUCUGUAUUUAAAGUGGACGCUAAGAAAGCCCCCUGGGUUGUUACUGUGCUCUCUGGGCAUCCUUUUGAAAAUGAUUCCCCUGGUAGGGGGGAGCUGUCCGAGGUUGUGCCGCUGCGACAGCAGGCUCCUCUACUGCGAGGGGCUUAACUUGACGGACAUUCCGCACAAUCUGAGCAGCGCCACCGGCUUGUCCCUGCGGGAGAACAACAUCUCGGAGCUGCGCGAGGGGCAUUUCUUCAGCCUGUCGCAGCUCACCUGGCUUUACUUGGAUCAUAACAACAUUGAGUACGUCGAGGAGAAUGCCUUCGAAAGGCUGAGGAGGAUUAAAGAAUUGGACCUAAGUUCCAAUCGAAUCGAGAGCCUGUCUAAUGGAACCUUUAGACCCCUACCCAAUUUGCGCAUCUUGGAUUUAUCCUACAACAGAUUACAGUCCUUGGAGCCAGACCUUUUCCAUGGACUUAGGAAGCUUACCAAUUUGCAUUUACGCUACAAUGCCCUAAAAUUCGUGCCUGUACGGAUCUUCCAGGACUGCAGAAGUAUGCAGUUUCUGGAUUUGGGGUACAACCAGCUGCAGAGCCUGGCCCGAAACUCAUUCGCUGGUCUUUUUAAGCUGACUGAGCUGCAUCUGGAGCACAAUGAGCUGGUGAAAAUAAACCUUGCCCACUUUCCCCGCCUCAUCUCGCUGCGUACUCUCUACAUGCGUAAUAACAAGGCCACCAUUGUGGUCAGCACCCUAGACUGGACAUGGCACUUCCUGGAAAAAAUCGAUUUCUCAAACAACGACAUUGAAUACAUCGAGCCACAUGUCUUUGAGAGCGUGCCAAACCUCAAGGAGCUUAUGCUGGACUCGAAUAAGCUGACAUAUGUGGACCAGCGCAUUUUAGGCUCCUGGACAUCCCUGGGAAGCAUCACCUUGUCAGGAAAUGCAUGGGAAUGCAGCCGCAAUGUCUGCGCCCUGGCCUCCUGGCUGAGCAGCUUCCAGGGCCAACGUGACAGUGCCUUGCAAUGCACCAGCCCGGACAUGGCCCAAGGCGAGGACAUACUGGACGCUGUUUAUGCCUUCCAGCUAUGCGAGGACGGCAUUGAGGCCACCACCCAGACCUACACCACCACUAGAGACCUGGCCCGAGGCUCCAUUUUUAAAGGUCCCACCAGGACACCAUAUGACCUGCAAGACAUAGAAGGUGGCGAGGUUGUGACCAAUUCCUUUACAGUGACCGCAGCUACCGAUGACCCGGAGAGCACCAUGCAAAUCCACAAGGUAGUGACAGGCACCAUGGCACUCAUCUUCUCAUUUUUGAUUGUAGUGCUCAUGCUUUAUGUGUCUUGGAAGUGUUUCCCAGCUGGUGUGAGGCAGAUGAGACAGUGUUUCAGUAACCAGCGACGCAAGCAAAAGCAAAAGCAGACCAUGCAGCAGAUGGACACAAUGUCUACUCCCGAAUAUUAUGUCGACUACAAGCCCAACCACAUCGAGGGGGCCCUCGUCAUCAUCAAUGAAUACGGAUCCUGCACAUGCCAGCAACAGGCAUCUCGAGAGUGCGAGGUGUGACAUUCUGGCUGCUGGACAUCUUGCAAUCACAAAUUGUCCUGGAUCGACGUUCAUGAGGACAUGGCUUUUACACUGCAUCACACUGUGCUGCUUUUUUAAGGAGGCUUGAUGGCACAUUUAGGGGGGAGAAGACAACCACAGGACAAGGCCCAGGAUUUACAGCUAGGUGGCAGAGGUUUUUUUUUUUUCCCACCAAUGGACAUGGUUUCAGGGACUGGUUUACAAGCAGAAACUUUUGAGGAAUUACGGGGACUAACAAAGGUCAAGUUCUUGCGCGUGGAUAUUCGAGCUUUAAUAUAUCUUUCUACAGCAGAAGAUUUAAAGCUGAUGUGGACAUUAAUGAAAACAUGCUUUUUUUUUUAAUUGUGGUAUCAAAAAAAAUCUAAAUGGGUAAAAAAAAAA